AGUUAGGUUUUCAGUCUGUGAUGAUAAAUCCAAGGCUUGUUCUUGAUCAUCAAGAACAAGUGGGAAAACUUUUGCUUCAUAUGAGGCUUAAGUUCUUAACUUGGAUCUUUGAGACUAUUUGUGUUUGUAGUUGCACACCAUUGCUUCAUAUGUUUUUCUUUAAGUACAAUUUUUUUUUAAAUUUUUUUUUUUUUUUUAUGAUCUCUGAGGCUAUUUAUGUUAGAUUUGCAGUAGAAACCCUCCAUUUUUGUUGCUUAAAAGAGGGCUAAAACAUGAUUUUUGAAAGAGUUUUUGUGAUGUUGAAAUGUGAAAUUGAAUCGGUGACCUUUCUCUUUGUCCGAUCUGUUAUAAUAUUUUUGUUUGUGUGAUUUCUGUGAGAUCUUUUGGGUAGAAAAGCCAUUUUUAACCUAUUCUCUAGAAAGCAAUCACCAAUCGACCCGUCCGAUUCAACUCGGCCUUUUCAGGAACCGACUUCACAAGGUACUUGGACUACAGUAACUACUAUACUCCGUCCACACCGUAUCCUCUCUAACCGUCUUGGUUUUAAACUCAUUUGAAAGUCAUUUUUUCUCCCGCUCUCAGAUCAAAUUAUUUUGAAAACAAAUACUUCUCGUCUCCGGCGUUUCUCUUUUUCUCUUCCCUACUUUUCUCUUCUAUUUCUGAAUCUGGUACUAUGGGAAUGCUUUCUGUUUCUUUGCUAUUCAAUUCUCCAUCUGUGUUUCGAGUAAUUGUGGUGUUUUUAGGUUUAGUGUGAUGCUAUUAUGAAUUUGAUCGAUUUCAACUGGUUUUUAUUCAUUUUUAGUCUAAUUUUUUUGGUGAAUCAGGUUGAGUUAGGGUAAACUGAAUUAGGUUGAUUUACGGUAAUAGAGUUAACAGAUUGGGUGAUUGAGUUAGGGUAAAUGAGUUGGUAGAUUGUUUUAUUGACUACAUAACGUGGAUUGAUUUUGAUAAGUUCACAAUGGUUAAUUUAGGAAACUCGUUUGCUAUGAGGAGUUGUUCUGGAUAUGAAUCUGUAUCAGGGAUCCGCAAUCCAGGUUAUGCACUGAGGAGUUCUAGUUCUACUGGAUUAGUGAUUCGUAACCCAGGAUUAUCAGGUUUUUAUGGCCAUGGAUUGUCAUUCGGAUUUGUUAGAUUCCCUUCUCUUUCUAGAGCUCCUCGAAAGCUUGUGAUCACAAACUCUGGUGUGGAAGAUGCUAUUCUACGAGCUACUGAAUCAAUGGUCGACAAUCUAAUGGAUAGGAGUUCGGAACUCAUCCCAAAACCAGUCAAAAGAAUUGCUCGUAUCAUCUCAUCCAAGAAGACUAAUGUGUUGGAAAUAUUGCUUUUCUUUCUAAUAUUCUAUCCAAGGUCUGCAUUCUACUUGGUGAAGAAACUUCUUCCUUCAUCUACACUCAUGAAACAGUUUGCUCUAGAGGUCGGAAAAGAGAUUGGUAAGCAGGUCAUAGAGCAGUCUGUGGGUGUUCUGUUUGGAGCUGCAGCUGUAUAUUAUUGGAAAUCGGGUGAAUCUGCUUCUUACAUUGAUGUUGGAGGGAAGGCCAAGUCAGUUGAUCACAAGUUUGACCAAAAGUUUGAUGUUGAAAUUGAUCAAGCUUCUUUGAUGGUGACAAAAUUUAAGGAGCUGGUUGAAGGUUUUGAAAAGAAUGUAGAUCUGAAGUUCGUUGAUGGGCAGACAAGCGUCUAUUUGGAUAGCUUCAGUUCUGAUUUUCUGUAUGCUAAGAUUCAUGUCUCCUUCGUGAUGGGUUGUGAGAAUAAAGCCUUUUGCAAUAUCAGUUCGAUUGUUCGUAUGGAGAUCUUAAAGGCUACAAGGGGUUCCAUUUUGCAGUGAGGAUUUGUAGGCCUGUAUAGAUUAGCUCAAGACACUCUAAUUGAACAUGUGGUAUAUACAUAUUGUCAGGGAGACGGUGAUAGAACAGUUUACUAAUUAGAGCCCUGUUUGUUAUUCGGGUAGAUCAUAAAUGUUUGGUAGACAUAAUUGUAUAUCCUUAAAAAAGUUUUAAGUACUAUCAAGAGUUAUUACAUGAA